UAAGCUCAAUUGGAGAACGAAAGAGUGAACCAAUAACUUCCGGUAGUAUUGCAAUCGCGUUCAGAAAAGAAAAGUCUUUGCCUUUCUCAAAAUAUGGAGAACUAAAAUGUCUGGGCGAAGUGAUGACCACCGCCCAAUGCGGUCUGGCAGUGAUACAGGCAGAAGCUCAAGAGGAGGGAGAGAUGCCCCUCAAGGGAGACCUGGGGCUCGUGGGGCAGGGAAAAGCUACAGUGAAAUGAGGUACCAGGCAGGACGUGGAGGUGGACGAGGAAGUAGAGGUGGUGAUAGAUCAGAUGUCUCCCGCGGGGCAGACAGGUCGGAUACUUCACGAGGAGGUGACAGGGCAGAUACAUCACGAGGAAGUGACAGGUCAGAUAACCGAGAGAAGACAGGAAAACAUGGAACUGGACAUGGAGACAGUAAUGUUGGGAAGUCCACAGCAUCUAAAAGUGAUUCAGCUAAGGGAGGACCAGCCCCUCUUCCAAGUGCACCAUCAGCUGCUGAACUUGAGGCUAAAUGGCAGAAGGAGGAAGAGGAACGAUUGAAGCAAGAAAAACAGAAACAGGAAGAAGAGGAGAGGAAGAAAAGAGAGGAAGAAGAAGAAAUAAAGAGAAAAGAGGAAGAGGAAAGACAGAAAGAGGAAGAAAAGAAGAGAAGGGAAGCAGAAGAUAAGAAAUCUAUAGAAGACUUUGCAGCAGAGUGUGCACAAAGAAUCAGUGAGAAAAUGCAGCUUCGAGAGAAGAACUUAAAUGCUGAAGAAAACAGACCAGAAGAACGUUUUUUCAGUAAACUGGAUUCCAGUCUGAAGAAAAACACAGCUUUUGUAAAGAAAUUAAAACUGCUGACUGAAUCUCAGAAGGACAGCCUAACCAAAGAGUUUAAUGGUUUAAAUCUGACCAAAUAUGUUGGUGAAGUUGCAGCAUCAAUUACAGAAGCAAAAUUGAAGAUGUCUGACAUCAGUUGUGCGGUUCAUAUAUGCGGUAUCAUGCAUCAAAGAUAUGCAGAUUUUGCCCCAAGUCUUUUAGAGAACUGGCAGAAAUAUUUCCCAACGAAAAAAGAUGAAAAGAUAAGUAAUCCAAGCAAGUAUAGAGUAGAUCUGAGAUUCUUUGCUGAGCUAGUGGCAGUGGGUGUGUUUAAGGAUAAGGAGGGGCUUCCAUUACUAGCCAAUCAGCUAGCCAUUCUCAUCAACAAUGACAAAGAAGAGCAUAAUAAUCUAUCAAUAUUGACAAGUUUCUGCAAACACUGUGGUGAUGAUUAUGCUGGUUUACUGGCGAGGAAGUUUCGAUGUUUGGCAGAAAGAUUUGGGGUGGAAGUUCCAAGAAGUAAGGUGCUACCUAAAGAGAGGCAGAAAGGAUGUCGGAACUUGUUAGGAGAAUACUACAACUCCCUGUGUAAACAUCUUAUGGCAGACCAUAAAAAUUUGAAAAACAUGGAAAAACAAAACAGAAAAACACUAUUGACAAAGGGAGAAUUGAGUACAGAACGGAAGGAGAAGUAUGAAGAAUUCUACAACAGCUACCAAAAACUGUUCAGCAAUACUCAGGUUUUUACUGACCUUGUAGAUGAAGAUAUGCCGGAUUUGCCUGAGGAUGAUCCACAAGAAGAUGAUGGUGGUCUCGACAUUUUCAACCCAAUGAAAAAUCUUGAGUUUCAGUAUGAGGGAGACACAAGUUUGUGGGAGGAUGAAGAAACAAGAACACUGUAUGAAACAUUACCUGAUCUCAAAGCAUCGAUUCCUGGGAUAUUGUAUAAAGAGAGUGAGUCAGCUAGUAAAGAUGAAGUAAAAGAGACAGAACCAGAGACAGGACUAGAAGAUGACAUGGAGAACCUGGAUAUAGAGGAUGUAGAGCGUGAGAUGGAAACACAGCAACAACUGGCUGAGGAGCAGUCUAAAGAUGACACAAAGACAGUUGAUGAUAGUAAAGAUGAGGAAGCCGCCAUAGAACAACUUCUUCCUCCAGUAGUUGAAGAUUUUAUGGUGAAGACAAAGAAACAUGAUGAUGAGACUGGCAGCCUGAUGAAGAUGCAGUUUGAAGCCUAUGCUCAGUCACUACCAACAUGUGUUAACAGAGAUCUUAUAGAUAAGGCUGCCAUAGAAUUUUGUAUGAAUUUUAAUACCAAAAACAACAGAAAGAAACUUGUCAGGGCCUUAUUUACCGUUCAUAGAACAAGGUAUGAUUUACUGCCAUUCUAUUCCCGACUGACUGCCACAUUAUAUCCAUGUAUGCCUGAUGUAGCCAAUGAUCUCGUGCAGUUACUGAAGGGUGACUUUAGAUGGCAUGUGAGAAAGAAAGACCAGAUCAAUAUAGAAUCCAAGUUAAAAACUGUCAGGUUCAUUGGAGAGCUAGUGAAAUUCAAGUUAUUUCCUAAAUCAGAAGCUCUACAUUGUUUAAAGAUGUUGUUAUUUGACUUUACUCACCAUAACAUAGAGAUGGUUUGUGCUCUGUUAGAAAGCUGUGGAAGAUAUCUAUACAGAUCUCCAGAGUCUCACCAUAGGACACGAGUCUAUCUGGAUGUUAUGAUGAGGAAGAAAUCCGCUCUUAUGAUGGACAGUCGGUAUUCUACAAUGAUAGAGAAUGCCUACUACUACAGUAACCCACCAGAUACUCCACAAGUUGUCAGGAAAGAAAGACCACCCAUUCAUGAAUACAUCAGAAAACUUCUCUACAAAGAUUUGUCUAAAGUCACCACCGAAAAGGUUUUACGUCAAAUCAGGAAGCUGAACUGGGAUGAUCCCGAGAUAGCCUUUUAUACAACUAAGUGCCUCAUUGCAGUUUGGAACAUCAGGUUUAACUCUGUACACUGUGCUGCCAAUCUCCUGGCUGGAAUAGCUCCAUAUCAUGAGACUGUUGCAAUCCAGGUUGUAGAUGGAGUUCUGGAGGACAUCAGACUUGGGAUGGAGAUAAACCAUCCAAAAUAUAACCAGAGGAGAGUGAGCUGUGCCAAAUAUCUUGGUGAACUAUAUAACUAUAGAAUGGUGGAAUCUGCUGUCAUAUUUAAAACUCUUUAUUCAUUUAUUACUUUUGGUGUAUCAAAUCAGGAGAACGAGAUAUCAGUAUUAGAUCCUCCAGACCAUCUGUUUAGGAUCAGAUCAGCUUGUGUUGUCUUAGAGACAUGUGGACAGUAUUUUGAUAAAGGAUCUAGUAAGAAGAAACUAGACUGUUUCCUAAUCUAUUUUCAGAGGUAUUACUGGUACAAGAAGCAUUCUCCCAUUUGGAAUGAGAAUCGUCCAUUUCCAAUUGACAUUGAAAACCUUAUGCAGGACACACUUGAAGCUGUUCGACCAAAACUGAAAAUGUUACAGAGUUUUGAGGAAGCUUGUAAGGCUUGUGAAGACUUGGAAAAUGAAUUUAAACCAAAAAUAGCUGCCAUAUUACCUAUAGUGGAUGGUGAGGAAGGUGUAGUGAGUGAGACAGAUGAUGGAGGUCUGACUACCAUACAGGAGUCAGAUGAGAUCAGUGAUGCUAGUCAGAAAGAUAAGAGAACAUUUGAGGAAGAUGAGAGUGAAAAUAGCCAGAACAGUCCGAGUCAAAGUCAGAAUGAUCUUACAGGAUCACAAAGUAGACAGGAUGAUGGGCAUACUGGGUCAGAAGGUGAAGAUGAGUAUGAAGCUGAUGCUGAUGAUGAGUAUAUAGACACAGACCAUGACUUAGACGAUGAUCAGGUGAUAGUGAAAUCAAAUAUGAAACGUGUAGAAUGUCAGGAAGAUGAUGAUUUUAUGGCAGCAUUUGAUAAGAUGUUAGAAGACACAUCCAAGGCAAGAAACAAUGAAUCUAUUAAAGUCCCCCAGUUUGACGUCCCAGUACCAGUCAAUUUGAAAGGCAGCAAGAAAAAGUUUGAGUUGAAUCCAGAGCCAAUGCAAGACAACACUAUCAAGUUUACUCUUAUAACUAAGAGAGGGAACAAACAACAGUUCUCAGAUCUCAAUGUCCCAGUUACAGCAGAGUUUGCUACAAAGUUUAAGGAGAGGGAAGAGGCAGAGCGUGUGGAGAAGGAACGUAUGAAACAGGUAGUUCUAGAUAUACAUGAACGACAAGAGGAAGAGGAUUAUCAAGAAAUGUUAGCUUCACUGAACCGUCCAAUGUUGGUCAACAACAACCGAGAGAGACGUGUUCGGUACCAACAUCCUAAGGGUGCGCCAGAUGCUGAUGAAAUAUUUGGAUCCAAGAAGCGUUGAAAAACAAUCGGGGUAUUCUCAUGGCAAAGAAAAAGAGGUGCUCGGCCUCAGAUAUAAAUGUUUUGCGUGGAUAAUGCAAAUUGUUUGUUAACUUUAUGAGUAACAUAAUGAGUUAAACAAUUUGUGCUAAAUCUGGUGAUUGGUUGUUAUUCAUAAGAAAAAUUUUCAGAGGAUAUUAAGCUAAGAAAGUUCUUUAUUGUGGUUGAAUUAAACAAAAGGGUGAAGGAUGCUGCAGGUUUGAUCAACUGGAAGUGAUGACAUAGUCAUUUAUCUGGAUAACAUAGAAUGACGCUGUGAGCUGGAAUAUGGAAAGGAAAAUCAUCCUGUGCGAAAAAAGUCAGGCCAUACAUUUACGAAAACAGGGACAUUAUUUUCUUACUAAAGAUAAAACUCAACAGAAUAAAAUGUUGACACGUGAAAUAAUCCUAAGUGAUGCCUUAAAAUCUGCUUGAUUUUUGCAAAUCUCUUAGAUCAUGGGCAUGUUUUAUUUAGAUAUAUUAUAGACAAGAUGUUGAUUUAUAAGUAUGAAGUUUCAUUUAAAAUUUACAGUAUAGAAAAAUUUCUAUCUACAAAAACCGAAUUUGUAAUUUUCCCUUAGACUUCCAUUAUGAAAACUAGUUGUAAGAUUCAAAUUUUUCAAAUCAGGUUAGCAAAAUAUCAAGUGCAUAAUCUCAUCUUUUUCAUUUGAAAAUUUUCUAAAUAUAUUCUGAAGUUUUGAAAAGUCAAGUUUAAUCAAAUUCUGCAUUGUAAAAAAAAAUGAUCUUGCCUAGCUACCUUAAUAUCCAAAUUAUUUAUGAUAAAACUGUGACCAGGUGGAGAUGAUUGUAUCAUUUUGAUGAUCUCACUAGUGUAGCUGGUUACAUCAAUAUGCAACUUAUUUUUAUGGAUUUUGUUGUUUUGAAAACAUUUGAAAAGUGUCACAUACAGAAAAUUAAAAAAAAAAUAGUGAUUACAUGAUUUAGAUUGUAUUUAAACGAGUUUUCAUGUUUAAGACAUUGCAGCUCUCAAAAACAGCUUUGUUAUAAAAUCAGUACCUACCUAGAUAGUUGUUUGCCAUAUGUAAGACAGUGAAAGGUUUGUUGUUUUUUUUUGGGCAGUUCUUCCAUGAAUAGCAAUGCCCUUAAAAAGUUUGGAGACACAUGACAUUUUCUCAUUGUAAACUACUAUAAUUAAUUAUAAUUUUCAACGUAAACAAAGGUUUCAACAGCUUAAAUGAAUUAUUCCUACUAGAAAAGAAUUUAAACUUAAUUUGGUCUCAAAUAAAAACAAAUUGUAUAUUUUAUGUUUGGACAAUUUUGUAGUUAAUUUUUACUUGUCUGCAUAAUUUUGGAGAGCACUUUAAAUACACAGCAAUCCAUUCUUGUUACUUAUUUUCCCAAAAAUCAAUGCUGAUUUGUUUUGUUAAAUUUGCAUAGCUAUAUAUUUAUAUAUUAUAAAUGUUAAGUUGCACAUGUUGUUGCAUCAUACAUUUAAGUUGCUGUUCAAUCAAUAUUGUUUUCUUUAUACAUAAAAUGUUACUUCAGUGAAUGAUAUUUUUAUUAAAUGUGCAUUGGAAUAAAGUAUUUUAAUGAC